AUGGAGAUCUCCACUGUCGUGACCUCUGCCAGUACCGAGAACCUAAGCUCUGAGACGUCAUCAGGUGAGAGUACCACUGUCUCUUUUAGUUCUAGAGGACCGGAAGCAAGCUCGAGCAGCACCAGUCAAACCACAGCAGAGACAGAGUCCACAGAAAUAUCCACCCAACAACAGACCUCGCCCGCGACAAGCGUUUCAACGCCGGAAUCUUCAACCUCGCCUUCUUUGACUACAUCGACGACUUCAUCAACUCCCUCUGCAAGCCCAAGAAAUAUCCAAGUUCUUGAUGGCUAUGACUUUGUCGCCUGUCUGCGAUCCGAUGAGGGAUUUCCAACCUUUACAGAGGUAGCAAGCCAGGCCAAUAUGACCACAGAGAUCUGUGUUGAUUUAUCUGCUGGAAGCAUUUAUGUCGGUGUUUAUGAAGAGACUUGCUACAAGGCCGAUUCCCUCGAUGGAUCUGAAAUCGUUGAGGAUGACCGCUGUGGCCUCCGGUGUCCUGGUGAUCCCACUCUAUUUUGUGGAGGCACUACUGGUGGUUCAGGCGGUCUCCGCUUCUUCCUCUUCCUCCGCUUCCAGUUCUUUUUCCUCCUCCUCCUCCUCUUCUCCCCCCUCUUCGGGGGCUUCACAGGCCUCAGGAAAACGGGUUUUUUCAUCAACAUCCGCGUCAACUGCUCAGAUAAGCUACACGCGAUCAGUCUCCUCUUCUUCAAUAUCCUCUCCAGCGACUUCAGCAUCAUCAACUGGCCUAUCCGGACCAUUCACGUCACUAAGGGUGUCACAUACACAGAGAUUGUCAUCGCAGAGACAGUAACCACUGUAACAUAUGUCACUAUUGACCCAAGUCAGCCAGAGGUUCUUAUCAGUACUUGUAUACCGGUAACGCUGCAAUAUACUCCCUGCAACUGUGACCACCAAGAAUAUCCGCCAGUAGAUAUGACCACCAUUAUUUCGUCUUGCGACGCCUGUGGCUAUCAGGGGCAGAAUGUCGUCACCAUGGUGGUUCCAGUUGCUGCUUGCGAGACUGGUAGUGGAACCUACAACCCUUCCGGUUUGAUCGAGGAUGAGGCUUGGAACCACAGAUAUCCUGAUCAAAUUGAAGGCCAUCAGAUUUACACUGGCAAUGAUGCAGACGCCAAGUCCCAAUCUCAGCCUACACAAGGAGAACAGAACGGCCAGGGACCGGAUUACGAGAAUGGAUCUGAUAUUGAAGCCGCAACUGAAGGAUCAGGAGGCGAAGCGGAGAACAAACAGCCCGUACCCCCCCAGUCGACACAAGGGAGGGGGAAUGGCAAGGAACCGGACUAUAAGAACGGACCCUUGAGUACCAAGGCCGCAUCUCAGGGACCAGAAGAAAAGGAACGACAAGGAAAGACAGCCAACCCCCUGCCGACACAAGACCAACAGAACACCGAUCGACCAGGUGAUGAGAAAGACCAAUCAUCAUUUGCAGUCCAAACUUCGGCAGAGGAUAAUACCAAGAACGGACCCAUUGUGUCGGCCUCCCAACCCAGUAGCGCACUGAAUCCUUCCAAGUCCUUGCCUCCACAGGAUCAGCAAUUUUCUUCUGACAGCUUCCCAAUCGAGACAAGCGUUGUGCCAGCGCCAGCACCCGACACUUCUACUAGUCCUUCUCAAUUAGUUACUGUUCACGGGCAUCACCCAGCUGUCUCAACGACAUUUGCUACUGAGGUAGGCGUCACUAAAGAGGCUGAGGCACCCGAUUCGACAUAUAGCUUCAGUCCUUUGGGAUCUGGGGAGUCUUCAUCCAUUCCAUCGUUGAUUCCUUCAUCAAAAGCAUGCAGAAAUCAGGUCAUGUACUGGAGUGUGAUGGUUGUUAUGGUCGGAGUGGUGCUGGUAUUUUAA